AUGGACGACUCGGCCCUGUUCAUGGAAUGGGCAAUGGACACGUUGGAGCAGGAGCACCCGGACCCAGUGGUGGUCGUCAACGGCGAGGCAGCAUUCCCCUCGCUUCAGGCACUCCGUGAACAGCGUCUUGUCUUCGAAGAGCUGAUUACGGGAGCCAAUCCGGCAAGCAGCGGGAGCUCCGGCGAAACAACCGACGGCAGCGGGGGCAAUUUCUCGUCCCCAGCGGCCAUGGAGCACGGCAUCUGGCCCCCGUCCCCGAACUCGGCCAGGUGCGCUCCAAGACUUUCCAGGAACGGUGGAGGCACCAACCUUCCGGUCACAAGCUGGAAUUUCUGCGCCGCUUCCGCGCUGCCGGCCAGUGACGGCACACUGGACAGCGGCAGCGCCGGGUCUGUCGUCCCGGAAAUGGUGUACGGGUCCCAGCCGACGAGGAGGUCCGCCGCAAGGAGCCCCACCGGUACCGGACCCGUGUCGUCGGGGCCGCCGUACGCGCAGGACCAUAUCAUGGCGGAGCGCAAGCGCCGCGAGAAGAUUAACCAGCGCUUCAUCGAGCUCUCUACCAUCAUCCCCGGCCUCAAGAAGAUGGACAAGGCGACGAUCCUUUCCGACACGACGAGGCACGUCAAGGAGCUGCAGGAGAAGAUCAAGGCCCUCGAGGCAGCCACCGGGUGCCGCAACGCCGUGGUGCUCGUCAAGAAGCCGCGCCACGCCGACGCCGCCGUUUCAGACCAGAGCCAGAACGGUUCGUCCUCGUCGGCGUCGUCGGGGGCGCCUUCUGCGGGGAAUAACCCGCUGCCGGAGAUCGAGGUGCGGUUCUUGGAGACCGGCGUGAUGGUGAGGGUCCUCUGCCACGACGUCAAGGGGGUGGUGGUGAGGGUGCUGUCGGAGGUGGAAGAGGGGCUCCACCUCACCGUCACCCACGCCAAUGUCAUGCCGUUCACGGCCUGCACUGUCAUCAUAACCAUCACGGCCAAGGGAAUUUCUUAUGGACUUUACGGACGAGCGGAUAUGGUGGAUGAGGGCUUCACCGUCACAGCAGAGGAGAUCGUAGGAAGACUCAACUAUGUGUUGGAAUUGUAUAGCAGCUGCACUUCUACCGAAGAAAACUGA